GGAUUGUUGUGGGAGUGGAUGCGUUCGAUGCGUGUGGGACGUGUAUUACGAAGAGCUUGAAGCUUACAACAAGCUUUGCGACAAAGGCUCAGGAGUUGAAGACUGAAGUAUCCUCUGUAAUUUGACGAAGAUGCGGGGAUUUCACUUGACUCUGGUUCUCGCGGUGAUCACCCUCACCAGACUUUCUCUGAGAGAUGGACUAAACGGAGUCCAAGCUUCGACUUCCACUUCGGCUUUCGUUCAGAACGUCAUCUACUCAAACAAGAUUGCUAUGUUCUCCAAAUCCUACUGCCCAUUUUGCUUGCGUGCCAAACGUAUAUUCAGUGAACUCCAAGAGCAACCUUUUGUUGUGGAGCUUGAUCUGAGGGAUGAUGGAUUUCAAAUUCAGAGUGUUCUACUAGAUCUGACAGGCAAGCGCACUGUUCCUCAGAUUUUUGUGAACGGCAAGCAUAUUGGUGGCUCUGAUGACUUGAAAGCCGCAGUUGCUAGUGGUCAGUUGCAGAAACUUCUUUCUUCUAAUUGAUUAGCUUCUGGGAACGAGGAAGCACAUAUUUACUGGACUGAAGCUGCAUAGCAGCAUAGAGGAAAUUUAACUUUCUGAAAACUUGUGAUAAUAUUUGUUAUUUGUUGAUACUCUGCAACAUGGGCUCCUGUUGACAAAUAUUUGCCGUCUUGAACAAUGAAAACCUGCUUUCUACUUUUAAUUACUUGAAGCCAUGGUUAAAAGAUGUUUGAUUUA